CCUUUUUGCCUCCUAGAGAAGCUGCUGCCGCGCGGAAUAAAGCCCAAAGUCUAGUGGGUUUGUACACCCAGAAAGAAGAAUCGACAAACUUCAUGCGAGAGCUUCUCACCAUGAAUGUGUAUAUAGCAUUUGUGCUAAUUUGAGGAUCAUACACUUCCUUCUUCGCUUUAGCGAUGGGUUUUGCAAAUGCAAGCUCGAAAUACGCGGAUCUUAAAAGCUCGCCACGCUAGGCGACAGAGGAAUUACUAUUUUUUGACUUUUUUAAAAAAAAAAAAGUGGUUUGUUUGUGCUCGGUUAACGGCUGCCGUUGUUACAGAUCUUGACCGAGGGGAUCUCCACAAGUUUGGUCCUAUUGUGGACCGUCUUCACGAAGACUUUCUCUCCCUAGUCCUUAGUGUCAUUGGCUUCUUUUUACCCGGGCGAUAAGGUGCAACCACGCCGGGGGAAGGCUGCUGCUCUCCGGCUAGCUGAGAAGCGGCUUCUCCUUGAAUCGGGGCCUCGUCGGCUAGGCGACAAUGCUCGACAUAAUGUCUGACCACCAAGAUUCACUUUUGACGUGUAAAACGGAGCCCUUGCCCCCAGAAAGAAAAAAGAGGACUGUUGAGGACUUCAACAAGUUCUGCAGCUUUGUUCUGGCUUAUGCAGGCUACAUCCCCAGUCCAAAAGAGGAAAGUUCCUGGUCUCCAACUUCGUCCAGCUCGGCGCACAGCUCAGGGCUGUCGGCGGACGGGGGCGGCGGGGGCAGCAGCUCCAUUGGCAACGCCUGGCCGGACGGGAGCUCCGACAUCCACACCAUCCACACGUUUGUGCGCAAAGCCCGCGCGAACAAGGGCAAGAACAUUCGGCGCAUGCACUCCGACAGCGCCCUGCUGGACAAGAUGCGCCUCAAAGACUCUCUGUACGACAGCCAGGCCAGCGCCAAGGCCGAGCGCAAGAAGGACAAGAAGCUGAAAAAGCUGUCUCUGGGCUCGGCCACGACGGCGCCGGACAGCGGCAGCAGCGAGGGCGAGAAGCGGGCCCGCAUCAAGCGCAGCAAGAACUCCUCCAAACAGCCAAAAGCGAAGAAGCUGAAGAGCUCCGCCGCCCAGAGCGAGACGGACUCGGAGACGCGGAAUUCGCACGCCGAGGUCCGAGCCGCCAGGGAGGAGCUGGCGUCUCACGGCGGCUCCUCCUCCAGCAUCCACGGCCUGGGGAAGCCCGACGAAUCCAUCAGGGAAGCGGAGAUGAGCUCCAGCGAGGGCGAGACAUGGAUCGCAGACGAAGAUAUCAUGGUGGAGUCGGGCGACGACUCGUGGGACCUGAUCACCUGUUACUGCGGGAAGCCGUUCGCCGGGCGGCCGAUGAUCGAGUGCAACCAGUGCGGCAUAUGGGUGCACCUGUCGUGCGCGAAGAUCAAAAAGUCCAACGUUCCCGACAUCUUUUACUGUCAGAAGUGCAGAGACUUGCGGCGGUCGGGACACAAAAAGGACACCUAAGAAGGACGUUCUCCGCUGUCCUCUCGACAACUCACUUAACUCCGAUGCCUACAGCCAAAACAGCCUAAAUUCUCACCUGGGAGGCAACUGGUUCUGCAGUUGCACAAAUUAUUUUGACAAUCCAAACAAAACAAAAAAAAACAACAAAAAAACAACAUAUCUAUUUAUCCCUGGCGUGUUUUUUUUUGUUUCUUUGUUUUUUCCCACCCCCAUUUCUUUUUGCGGACUGUGAAGAACCGGUGGCAGUAGAGAGAACCAUUUGUUGCUUUAUUAAUUCCCACACUAAUUGGCUUUGUGCAUAUUUUGGACUUUUUUUUUUUUUUUUUUCCUCCCGAGGGUGCUAUUUUUUCCCGACUUGUAAAUUUGUAUCUAAAAGAAUACCAAUCCAAGUUAGACGUAUAUUUCGCAUUGACUUAAAAUUGUAACUUAUUGUAUAGCUC